GAUGCGUUUUACUGCUGUACUUGGAGAUUCUAAAUCAGUUGAAAUUUUUUCAAAAGUGUUAGGAAUUGCGUCUAAAAUAUGUAGAAAAAGAAUUGUUGUGAGGAUUACACCAAAUGAAUUUAGUUUUGUUAAUGUUUACAGCAUCAGAGAAGGAAUUUGUUUGGAUUUUCGUUUGUUAAAGGACCAACUUUUCUGUUCUUGGGUAUUUGAAGGAAUUUCUGUGGAAAACAACGCAAUAUUCUUUGAACUUUCCACUGAUGAUUUAAUUGGUUCAAUACAAUCACGUGAAAAUCAAGCAAAAUUUAAAUUGGUAAAGAAAGAUAAUAUUCCACAUUUGAGAAUUGAAUUGAGUGCAAAUGGAUUGGUCAAUGAAAUUCCAAUAAAUUUUAUUCUGGUCAGAAAUUGGAAUGAUUAUAAUCCUCCAAAUAUGGGAACUCCUUCUGUUGCUGUUACUUUGCCUCCAGUCAAAAAUUUGUCGAAAAUUUUGUCUGCUGUUAAAAAUAUUGGAGCAAAGAAUGCUGUAAGGGUUUGGAAUUUUUUUAAAUUUUUUAUUUAAUUUAAUUAUGUAG